AUGAGUUGCAAACUCAAGCUGUUGAGCCUGCUGGCCGCUGGCCUGACCUCCGCGGUCCAUCUGACUGGGUAUGAAUACAUUGUCGUGGGAUCCGGCGCUGGAGGCGGUCCAUUGGCCGCUCGUCUCGCUCUCGCCGGACACAAGACGCUGUUGAUCGAAGCAGGAGACGACCAAGGGCGCAAUGUCAACUACACCGUGCCGGCAUACUCGGCCCUAGCGUCCGAAGACGAGAAGAUGGCCUGGAACUUCUUCCUACGAGACCCCGAAGGGGAGAUCUACACCGGUCUCAACCCGCCGGCCAAUUCUACCAUGAUGGGGACGUUGUAUCCCCGUACAGGCACGCUGGGGGGCUGCACCGCACACAACGCCAUGAUAGCCGUCUAUCCAGACCGCUCCGACUUUGAGUACAUCGCCACGCUGACGGGCGACAGCUCUUGGUCCCCGGAGAACAUGCGGAAGUACUUUGUUCGUAUGGAGCACAACGAGUACCUCCUCCCCGGUCAAAAGGGCCACGGCUACGACGGUUGGCUGCACACCGACACCGCGCCCUUGGACAUUGUCCUCAAGGACCCGCAACUGCUCAGCUUGCUGACAGGCGGCGCCUUUGCUCUGGGUAACAUUACCCACACGCUCAUGAAUUUUGGGACACUGCUCCUGGGCGACGCCAACGCCGACUCGCUCGCCCGCGACACUCAGCCGGGAUACUACCAGAUCCCUCUGUCCAGCACCGACGGCCGCCGCAACGGGCCCCGCGAGUUCAUCACCGCGGUGCGCGACGCCAGAAACCCAGACGGCAGCAAGAAGUACCCGCUGGACGUCCGGAUGAACUGCCACGCCACCCGCGUCGUCUUCGACACCAGCCCCUCUCGCCCACCUCUCCCAACCCGGCACCCCGGCUCCGCCACCGCCUCCCGCGAAGUCAUCAUCGCCGGCGGCACCUACAACUCCCCGCAGAUCCUCAAACUCAGCGGCGUCGGCCCCGCCGACGAACUCGCCCGCUUCAACAUCCCCCUCGUCGCCGACCUCCCCGGCGUCGGCACAAACCUCCAAGACCACUACGAGGUCGGCGUCCAGGCCCACGUCCCCUCCAACUGGACCAGCCUGCACGGCUGCACCUUCACCCAGUCAGACCCCUGCCUGGACCGCUGGGAAUCCAAACCCCCACUGGGAAACCGCGGCAUCUACUCCUCCGCCGGCUUCGCCGCCGCAAUGUUCUACAAGUCGACCGUCUCCGCCGACAACGCCUACGACGCCUUCGUCUUCGGCGGGCCAGUCAACUUCCGCGGGUAUUUUCCGGGCUACAGCGUAAACAUCACCGCCCGCCACGACUGGUUCACCUGGGCGGUUCUCAAGGCGCAUCCGCGCAACACCGCGGGGACGGUCAGCCUGCGCUCUGCGGAUCCGCUGGAUACACCGGCCAUCGUGUUCAAUUACUUCGACAUGGGCGCGGAUGAAGACCUGCAGGCGAUCUAUGAGGGGAUUGAGCUUGCGCGUGAUGCGCUCCGUCGCCAGCUGGUCCCCACCACGGAAGUCCUGCCUGGUGCGGAGGUGGUCAGCCAGGAGGACGUCAAGAUGUAUGUGAGGGAUACGGCGUGGGGGCAUCAUGCGUCUUCGACUUGUCCGAUUGGUGCAGAUGGUGACCCGAUGGCGGUGCUGGAUAGCAAGUUCCGGGUGCGCAAGGUGCAAGGGCUAAGAGUCGUGGAUGCGAGUGUGUAUCCGUGUAUUCCGGGGACGUUUACGGCUGUCUCGACCUAUUUGGUUGCGGAGAAGGCGGCGGAUGAUAUUUUGAGCGAGUUGGCGGGUUGA